AUGGACGUGGUUGUGCGCAAAAAACACAGAGGACACCAGGAGUUUGCUGUCCAGGCCCAGCACUUGAAACUGUCGGACCUAGGACUGAGACUGAAAGCUCAGGGCUUUCACAACAAUUACCUCUUCAAAGACAACAUCCUAGAAUACCCAAGGCCAGAGUUCCGGGUUUCCCAGCUCAGACACGACAUGAAUGAAGGCGGGCUAUUUGGCAUAGCCGUCGAUAGCCAAGGGGGGGUUCCGUGCUAGGGACCGAGAGGAGGGGCCAGAGGACCCAGAAGAGGGGCCAGAAGGUUUGGACCUGCUGUGGUGGAGCUUGUCUUUGGGAGCGGAGGAGAUGGCCUCGGCUGAACAGCGUCUGCUCCAGGCCAGGUACCCUGACAGGACGGAGAAGCAGGCCAGGGAGCAGACAUCCUUCCUGCAGAGGUUCACCACCUCACCUGCCUUCCUGGACACCUCCAGGCUGGGCUCCUACCGCUUCACCUACCCCCUGGAGAAGCUGCUCAAGAGAUACCGGGAACAGGUACUGAAGUCUUAAUAGUGGAACAGUUAAAAUAUCUGUAGAAUAAACAUACAGGACUGCUGGGUAGUAUCAAUGGAGGCUGCUGAGGGGAAGACGGCUCAUAUCAAUGGCUGGUACGGAGCAAAUGGAAUGGCAUCAAACACAUUGAAACCAUGUGUUUGACGUAUUUGAUACCAUUCCACCAAUUCCAUUAAGGUACCACCAACCUCCUGUGCUGGGUACAUACCGAGACCAUGUGAGAAUUUGUGGUCAAAUAAUUGAAAGAAACAAGAUCAUGUAAUUUAAUGAUAAUAAAGGUAUUUGUCUUUUUGUUUAGCUAUGUUUUGGACACGAGCCCAAUCCUGCGUGUGUAUGAGACAGUGCUGUACAAACAGGAGGUGAUGUACUCAGUGCAAGUCCACAGUCACUUCAACAACGACCUCUUUGAGAAGUACCCUCUCCUCCAGGACAAUGAUGAUGGAGUCUGUGCUUACAGAGAUGGAUAG